AUGGGUGUCACCAAGACUACUUUGGAGCCUGGCAAUGGCGUUGACUUUGCUGUCAAGAACUCCAUGAUCGAGAUGCACUACAGUGGCCACCUGUAUGACGCCAGCCAGCCCAACGGUCUGGGCAAGAGAUUCGACAGCUCCUACAGCCGUAACGCCCCUCUCGCUAGCAAGAUCGGCGCCGGCCGUCUCAUCCAAGGUUGGGACGAGGGUGUUCCUCAGAUGACUCUGGGCGAGAAGGCCAUUCUCGACAUCACUCCUGACUUCGGUUACGGUGCCGGUGGUAUCCCCGGUACCAUUCCUCCCAACGCCCGCCUGGUCUUCGAGGUUCAGCUCGUUUCAAUCAACGGCAAGAAGGCCCCCGGUCUGUAA